AGCAUUCUUGCUCAAGUUUUUGCUCGAAUUUAACGCCACAAGCGCAGGUAAGGCAGUGCUUCUCUUGUUUCUCUGAUUAGCGUUCGCAAUGGGUUUCGAGAUCGCAAACCCCAUGCAGAUGCCAAUCUCCUUCACUGCAAUGUGUGCCAUGUUUCUCUUUCAUGGAGGAUUCAUCGAUGUCUUCCUCAUCAACGUGCUCCCCACGCUCAAACCGCCAAGCCCUAUGCGCGGGUGGGAUCAAGAAGCAAGCAAGGAAGAGGAAAACAAAACGCCGACGCAGCGCCGGUUCAUGGCCGAGAAUGCGGCUUACGCGCUUCUCCGCUUGGCGCCGAUUUUUUUCAUCAAAGACAUGGGCAUCUACUGCAUCUGCACAAUCUCGUACCUUCUCGAGGGCUUGUCUAUUUCGUGGGAAAUCAAUUGUUACAACGGCACGAAGGACGCCCUCCCACCAGCGACCCUCAUGUGCGUCUUUUCGACCUGGGUAUUGCUCACAGUCAAGUUCAAUGGUGGCUUCCUCCCAGACUUCGACGACUCUGUCUUCACGGUCAUGUGCGUCAGCGUCGGCCUGACCUGGUUGUGCUGGAUCGCGAGCCUCAUGGGGCUGUCCAAGAAGCCGGAUGGCUCGAAGCCCCUCGCGACUGCGGAGUGAGGGUGAGGCCAAGACAGCAUCUCGUCUCAGCGCUAGUGCGUGUGUCCGUUGGAUCAGGCCGCGAACGAGCUAUAGUUAUCUUCCAGUGGCCGCUGCCAACUUGGUGUGCGUGGGCAGAGGCGUGAAUCCUGGGCAAGGCGUUUUUUAUGGGAAUUUUAGGCCUCGCGCGGCGCGCAAUUGUCGUACUGCCGCUCCGCAAGACAUGGACUAGUGAUCGGGCGGUGAUGAUCCGACGUGCACCCUACGUAAAUCCGACUUCAAUCUGUCGCAAUUUUUGUCUCGAGUUGCCGCGCGAGGCCACCAUGUUUUUUCUCAUAAUGUUCUACUGAUGCGUGCUAGCGGGUUAGCCCUCGGCAAAGUCAACCAGGGCACGACAUUCCAAUUGUACAGUGGGUUCCGCAGUAUCUGCAUCUGCCGUUUUCCAGGGUCAGAGACUCAGGACUCAAUACAUUCCUUCGGCCUUUCCAAACGGACACGCCUGAGGCACGUGCCGUUCGCUGGUCCUUGAAUGCGAGGCGCCGCAGCGGCAGCUGCUGCGCGUGGUUCGGGCCGUUUCAUUGCUCGCACGCUUUGGGUGGCCGCUCCGCUCCUGGAUUCGGGUCUUCCAAACGAAAACGCUUCAGCACCGUGCGCUGGUCCUCGAAUGCGAGGCGCCGCAGCGGUAGCUGCUGCGCGUGGCGCGGGCCCACUCCUCGCCCGCCACGCUUUGGGGCGGCCACGUCGCGCUUUGGGUCGUUGCCCCGGCUGCACUUGGGCGGCAGCGCUGCACGCGCUUGGCACCGCUCUGCGGCGGGUGCGCCUUCCGCUCGG